UAUUUCGCUUCUGUUUACCUUCUUUACCUUCUCUCCUUCAUCCACUUUCUUCAAAUCGACCUUCCUUCCUCCCAUGCUCUCCCAAUUGCUAGAGCUACUUUCGUGCCCGGACUGGGCGUGAGACAUACGGAGUACAUUGCAUCCCCCGCGCUCCUACUCGGUCGACUGCGCGAUAUCAUACCUUCUGCCCGUCAACAUGACGGCAUCUCUCGUUAAGGUCCUACAUAGGAUGCAGGAGCUAUUCCAGAACAUCGUGUCGGCACUCGAGACCAUGAUCUUAUUUCCUGCCCUCUUUCGCGAUCUUUCACGCAAGCGCCGCAAACACUUCCGAGGCGCGUGCUGGCCCCCGAGGACGCUCGAGGACUUCGCGCAAGAGAUCGAACGUCUCUUUACGACUCCCUUGGCUCUGAGGAACAUGCUCUCCAUGUCGGAGAAGACACAUCAGCAAUUCAGAGCUUCCCUGCAGUCUAGCCCGGUGAACAUGUUGCCAUCCUACACAUACGCACUUCCGACGGGAGAGGAGAAGGGAACAUACUUGGCAUUGGACGUUGGUGGAUCGACAUUCCGCGUUGCGCUAGUCGAACUUCGUGGGAGGAGCGAGGAUAUGAAGAUUUUACACGUCAAGUCGUUGGUCAUCGAUAAUACCGUGAAGCAGCUGGAGGGAACAGCGUUCUUUGACUGGAUGGCGGAGAAGAUCGACUUAACGCUGGCAGAAGUUGGCGAGAAGUACGGCCGGGAUGCGAAGCCAUUGUCUAUGGGUUUGUCGUGGUCAUUCCCUAUCGAUCAGACGUCCACUCGUAGUGGACUCGUGAUCCACAUGGGUAAAGGGUUUCUUUGUUCCAACGGCACGCUUGGUCAGGAACUGGGCGAUCUCAUAACCAAGUCGUGUCAGAAGCGGAACCUCAACGUGCGAGUUGAUGCAAUUGUGAAUGAUAGCUCAGCCACACUGCUUUCCAGAGCUUACAAUGACCCUAAGACGCGAAUGUCUCUCAUUCUCGGGACAGGUACUAAUGCUGCCAUUCACUUUCCUGUUCACGAAAUUGGUGCUGCGAAAUUCGGUACCAGACCCCAGGAGUGGUUCGAUCGAGCAAAGAACGUGAUAGUGAACAGUGAAAUGAGCAUGUUCGGUGGCGGGAUUCUACCAAUGACGCGGUGGGACGACGUGCUAAACCGUACGCAUAUGCGGCCGGAUUACCAGCCACUUGAGUAUCUGACUACGGGACGAUACCUGGGGGAGAUUGUGCGUCUCAUCAUUGUCGAGGCCGUCGAGACUGCUGGUCUGUUUGGAGGAGAGUUUCCGCAUUCGAUGCGGGAGCCUUACUCAUUGGACACAGCUAUACUCGCGUUUCUUGAAGCGGAUACGUCUGCUUCAUUGGCAGCAUCGAGCGCCCUUCUGCAGAAAGAACAUACUUUCCCGGUAUCCCCGUCUGUAGAAGAUCUCCAGUUUCUUCGGAAAGUCGCUGGAUUUGUGUCUCGCAGAGCAGCAGGUUAUCUGGCCACUGCAAUCCACAGUAUGUGGUGUUUGCGAAACGAAGCAGAAUUUCCUGUUGUAGCAAGAACUUCAGUGGAAACCACGAAACAUGAAGGAAAAGUGACCGAAGAAGUCACAGUCGUCGAGAGCGAGGAGCAAUCCAGAAGCUUGACCAUCGCAUGCGAUGGUAGCGUCAUCAACAAAUACCCGGGUUUCAGGGACCGAUGUCAGGCAUAUCUUGACCUCCUUACUGAACACACGGAUUCCAGCAGCCUCGAUUUGACACCGAAGCCUUCCAUUGCUCUCGAACUAGCUCCCGAGAGUGCUAUUCUCGGAGCUGCCGUUGCUGUUGCUGUUGCUGUUGAUGAAGAGACCCCUUAGUUCUCGAUUUUCUUGCAUUUUGAGUUUUGAAGUGAGCUGCAAUACCCUUCGGAACAUACAUGAGCUCGGCUCACUGCAUUUGCUGCACCGGUCUCUUUCUCUUUAAUAUCCAUUAUCUCCUGGCCAGUCCAGCAUGAUAUGCAUACGAAGGCGUUCAUGGUUCAGAGUUCUGUUUGCUCAUUGUUUUCUUCCUAUGCGAGCGUCGCGAAGGCACAACAGCGUUGUGUUCAUGCUAUGAAAAUCCCCGCAUGCUUCUUUUCUUUGUCUACUCUCUCAUGCAUACAGGUCUGGUAAUUCGCGGGGACUCGGUUACUGGGAAGCGGGAUAGACUAACUA